UCUGUUGGUUCUUGAUGACCCCUUGCAGAACUCCGCAGCCAAAGCCACCUGUCCAGCGGGCGGAUAGCCCUCGUCCUCGAAACAGUGGUCCCCUCAUAUACGAGGUCUUCAAACCAAAGCUGCCUCCGGACCCGUUCGCAAGGCUUCACACAAUUCGGGAGCCAUGGAUGCUGCGUAUGGACAGUGUCGCCGCGGCCGUCGGUGACCCACGGCGCGACGUGGUCUUGGUCCUCGGAGCUCCUACGCUCAAGGACAUCAGUCCAGUCCUGCAGUCUCCACAGUUCUCGCAGUCCUUGAUCAUCCUUGCUAGUCACCAGCUAUUUCCGGUCCCUACAGGCGUCCGCCCAGCGAUCUGCACGAUCCGCUUGAACUCUUCCGUCACAAAUGAGAUGAACGGUACUCUUCGCCUUGCUGCCGUUCUCCAGUGCGCCGAACGUGUGUCCCGUUUGUGGAGAAAGACCGGAGGAUCGGGCGUUCGUGAAAUCAGCGAGUCGGAAACUCGCCUCGACGCUUCAGAAAUCCCAGACAACCUCUUCCUCGUACCAGAUUCUGGCAGUGCACAGUCUUCGCCGUCGUCGUCGUCGGAGGGUCUAAAGAGCACGACGUCCUCUGUGCGCUCAUUCAUCAUUCCCGCCAUGUCCUUCCUUUUGUCUUCAUCCUCGUCCUCACCCACAGACCCUUCGCAGCGUGCGUUUGAUGCCAUAUUGAACUUCAUCCCAAACGGGAUCAGCAAUGUAGCCAUCAUGAAACAGACGAUUCUCAUCACGUCCCUCACAUGUCCUUUCCUUGCACCUGCCAGCUUCAACUCCACGACGUCCGCUUCGAAAACUCGAAAGCGAAAUAUUCUCCGUCGGAGAACUCUGCCCUUUUCUCGCGUCUCCAAUACUGAUAGCUACUCCUCCCUCCAAAUCAGCACCUCUACCUCUGCAACCAGCGACCCUGGCAUCUCAGGCCCCCUUGCAAAAUCCCGCCUCUUGCACAUUCUACCGCUUUCUGGGCGCGCGUACCUUUCUCAAGACAAACUUGUGCGCAACAUGGAGUCUUACCAGCUGUCGUUUGCAUAUCCGCCCUCGCUGAGCAUGAAACGGCCGAACACGCUAGAGCGUGCGGUUGCUUUUAUCGUCCCUGCCACUGCGCUGCGCGAGGUUGUGCGGCACGCGUCUGUUUUAAAAUCCUCGGUUCCCCAUUCUCCCUACUCGUCCACAACUUCGUCGUCUUCCUCGGUCUCGUCUCGUCUCGUGCGUCAGGCAGUUGACAUGGAAUGGACUGUAGCGGAUAUUCUUCUGAGCGGCAUACUUGAUUCCCAGGCAAAUCCCGGCGGUGUGCCAUACGCAGGUCCUCGCGCAUGGAUUUGUAGUGGUGCUGACUUUGCGUUCGUGGCUGAAAGUGAGAUUGAAAGCCAAACGCAAUCGGCACCGUCUUGCUCCAGUGGGACGACACCGACGACACCAGAUGAAAUGCCACAUGCCACGAACGCCUGGCCAGAUGUAUGCUGUGGCCCUUCCCGUUCUUCUGGCAGCUCGGAGCCGGUAAUCGUGGUCAAUCCAUCGGCAGAAAAGUUUGGCGGUGGUACUGCGGCCGUCGUGAACAAACGGACUAGGUGGAGGUUCUGGAGCUCUAGGGGUCGAGUUGUUACUCGGUAAGUCAAUAAACUCGAUAUACGUGCUUGGACUGGUAGUUUCCUAGUGGUCUUUGUUUUUAUUAUUUACCCUAUAUUUGCGUAACUUACAUUUACUUGACUUGACCCCGUCGGACUAUUUAGCUCAUCUUACCUCCUCAUCUCCGUAACUGCACAGAAUUUGCUUGCUAUUGGAUUACAAAAUGUAUAUUAGUCGCGGUGACAACACCCAGGGGCAUUUCUUUUUUAGGAAUCCUAACCCUACAAUUUUGGCUUGGGGUA